CUUUUUUGUUUUUUCUUUCACUUACUUAUUUUUGGAUCUGGGUUUUUGUGUUUGGAUUUUCUCUGUAGAAAAUUCAUGGGAUUUUAUGGAAUUUAUGGUUGAAGUUGGGUUUGGAUGAUAAGUGCAUUUUGGGUUUGUUUUGUUUUUGUUUUCUGUUUGGUUCCUGAGAAAAUCUUGUGGUUGUUUUGUAUUUAGAGAAUUGAAUGAAAGAUGGGGUUUUGAAUGAAUUGUGUGGUUGGUUUGACGUCUUGAAAUUGGAUUUCUGUGCUGCAUUGUUGGUUUGUUGAUUAUGGUGAAAUUUUCUUCUUGUUUCCUGAGAAAAUGUGGGAAAAAGCUACACAACGAAGUCUCAAGAUGGUAGCACAGGAAUUCACUGUUGAUCUAGACAAGCCCCUUGUCUUCCAGGUUGGCCAUCUUGGAGAAACUUAUGAGGAAUGGGUGCACCAGCCUAUUGUAAGCAGGGAAGGCCCUAGGUUUUUUGAGAAUGAUUUUAUAGAGUCCUUGACACGCACUGUUUGGUGGGCGAUUCCUUCAAUUUGGCUGCCUGUUGUAUGCUAUUGCGUCUUAAAGUCUGCAAAGAUGGGGCAUGCGCUUCCUGAGAUAGCCUUAAUGGUGGUUGGUGGUGUUUUCGUUUGGACAUUGCUCGAAUACACUUUGCAUCGCUUCCUUUUCCACAUAAAAACAAAAAGUUAUUGGGGGAACACAGCACAUUAUCUUCUUCAUGGUUGUCAUCAUAAGCACCCUAUGGAUGGUCUCCGCCUUGUUUUUCCUCCAGCAGCAACAGCUAUUCUCUUGGUGCCUUUCUGGAAUAUGGUCUCGUUGUUUGCCACUCCUUCAAUUACUCCUGCUCUUUUCGGAGGUGGUUUACUGGGCUAUGUGAUGUAUGACUGCACUCACUACUACCUGCACCAUGGUCAGCCUGCAAAUGAUGUACCAAAAAAUCUCAAGAAAUAUCACAUGAACCAUCACUUCCGGGUCCAAGACAAGGGAUUCGGAAUCACUUCCGCGUUGUGGGACAGAGUUUUUGGAACACUUCCUCCAUCAAAAAUGGCAAAGAAAAUGUAGAUAAUUUAAUUGAAAGCAUAGCAUUACAUCUAGCAAGGGUCAACGUGGAGGGUCUGAAAUUCAUUUUUCUUUGUUCGUAAGUUCGUUCAUCGGCCAUCCAUUGAUUUAAAUCGUGUUAAUCCAAGUGUUGUCUACCAGGGUUUUAGACUUGACAUGGACGUUAUCAAUUUUUGUCGUGCCCAUUCCCCCCCACCAGGAAGUUCUGUAUAAAUUAAGCUUGCUUUUUUAUCAA